UGAAUUGAACUUAUCCAUUUUCUUUUGAUUAGUUGUAGUAAUAUAUUAGUAUAUUAAAUUAUUGCAUGUGCCACAGUGCAUUACCAUACCUUAACCACUCUUCUUGACUUGUAGUGGAGUACUAUAAUAGAAGAAGAAAAAAACCCUGAGAAAAAAAAAAGCAGUUUACUCAGAGAAAAUCUCAUGGAGAAACAGAGAAGUUUCUCCAUUAAACCUACAAGGCUAUGGCUUUUCUCUUUCACCAUUUCAUUUUCUCUAAUAUUUUUCAUCUUUUUCUCUAUAUGGGUUCUCAAUCUUCCACUAUAUAGUCGUCAAGAAACUCAUUUUCAGUUCAACAGUACGACUACUGCUGCUUCAGUCUCUUUGGGUCUCAGAUCUCCUUUCAAGAUUCAAUCUUUAACUGGUCUUCACAGAAAUUACUCAGCAACCCAAAUCAAGAACUCGAUUUUGGUGAGUACCCAUUUCAGUAGAGUUGAAAAUGAGUCCCAAGUUUCUAACUUUUCAACAUUUGAGGGAAUCUUGGAAAAGGAAAGUCAGCCACGAUCAGUGGCUUAUGAUAUAAAUAGUGAAAAAAAAUUGACCUUUUUCGGUAACCGUUCGACCAAAUCUGAAACUGUUUCUUCUAAGGGUCUUGAAAUAGAUAGUACCAAUAGUAGUAUUUCUAUUUGGAAUCAGCAGCAGAAGAAUGUGUCUAUUACUUUGUCUAAGAAAGAAGAAGUUUCUAGUGAUGUGCUUCAGGUGGUGAAUAAGAAAGAAUGUGACAUCACAAAAGGGAAGUGGGUUUUUGAUGAGAACUAUCCUUUGUACACAAAUGCUUCAUGUCCCUACAUUGAUGAAGGUUUUAGUUGUGAAAAUAAUGGGAGAUUGGAUAAGAAUUAUAUGAAAUGGAGGUGGCAACCUCAAGAUUGUGACAUUCCAAGAUUCAAUGCUACUCAGAUGUUGGAACUUAUUAGAGGUAAAAGAUUAGUGUUUGCUGGUGACUCCAUCAACAGGAAUCAAUGGGAAUCGAUGUUGUGCUUGUUAAUGGGAGCAAUAAAAGAUCCAAGAAAGGUUUAUGAAACUCGUGGCCGGAGAAUAACCAAAGAGAAGGGA